CACACUGCUUGCUGCCACCCCCUUCCCCUGCCCUGCCCCUGCUGCUGGGAGUGGGAGGACGGUAGGCACAUCCUCUGCCCAUACAUGGCAGAGCUUCCUGGCCUCCUGCUCUGCUCCCCUCCCUCCUGCAGCAAUCAAUGGGAGAGCAGAGCAGCCUCGGCAGCACACAGUCUGCAGAGCAGUCCCAGCCUGAGCCACCUGCUCCGCUGCCAUAGCGGCUGCCACCCCGCCGGGCUGGUCGGAUGUGGCCCCACAACCCCCUCCCUGAGCACCGAGGAUGGGCACAGCUGUCUCCAAGAAGAAGGCGCUGAGGAAUGACACCAUCUCGCAUGUAGCCGCCAAAGUUCGAGCAGCGAGAGCUUUCGGAGAAUACCUGUCACAGACCCACCCGGACAGCCUGAACGGCUCAGAUCAUCUCCUUGUCCAGGAGGAUUCCCCGGAAAUGCUCCAGGCUUCUCAGAACAAACGGCGUCUCUCAGCCAUCUCGGACAGCAAGUUGGAAAGAAGCUUCUCUGAGGAGCGUGGGGAAAAGUUGCCCAGUGAAGGGCCCAAACCUCACGUGUACACCAUCUCUGGGGAGAGACCGAUGCUGUCUGACCAGGAGAGCGAUAGCAUGGAGCUGGUGGUGAUGAAGACUGGACAGGACGAGAGGCAUCACCACCACCACCACCACCAGCCACUGCAGAACUCAGGCAGCGUUCACAACAUCACCAGGCCCUCUAAAAGCUGGUCGGGCAGCCGACAGAACUCUAAGGAGUGCCCUAAUUGUGCCAAACUCACCGUACCAGCCCAGCACUCGUUUGAUCUAGAGCAGCAUCAAGCCAACGAGUCUGGCUGGCGCAGGAAGAAGCUGGAACGCAUGUACAGUAUCGACAGAGUUUCUGAUGAUGUUCCUGUUCGGACUUGGUUCCCCAAGGAAAACCUUUUCACCUUUCAGACGGCGACCACAACUAUGCAAGCUAUCACGGCCUUCAGAGGCUAUGCCGAGAGGAAGAGACGGAAGCGGGAGAAUGACUCGGCGGCGGUCAUACAGAGGAAUUUCCGCAAACACUUACGGAUGGUUGGCAGCCGACGGAUGAAAGCUCAGACAUUCGCUGACCGCAGAGAAAGAAGCUUCAGCCGGUCCUGGAGCGAUCCCACCCCAGUCAAAGCCGAUUCCAUCCACGACUCCAGAGAAAGCCAUGAUUUGCAGACGUCCUGCACAGCUCUGGAUGAAGAAUGUGAGGAGCUGAACUGGGAGGCUGAGAGAGAAAUGGAAAUCUUGUCCUGUGAAGGGGAAGAUUUUAUUCCACCCAAGAUAAUGCUAAUUUCAUCCAAAGUUCCUAAAGCAGAGUAUAUCCCGACCAUAAUCCGGAGAGACGACCCCUCCAUCAUCCCAAUCCUCUAUGACCAUGAACAUGCAACAUUUGAUGACAUCUUAGAGGAAAUCGAGAAGAAGCUGAAUGUAUAUUGGAAGGGCUGCAAGAUCUGGGAGAUGCUUAUAUUCUGCCAGGGGGGGCCGGGGUACCUCUACCUGUUAAAAAAUAAAGUCGCUACGUUUGCCAAAGUGGAGAAAGAAGAGGACCUCAUCCAGUUCUGGCGGAGGCUGAGCAAGUUAAUGAGCAAGAUUAACCCAGAAUCCAACAUGAUCCACAUUAUGGGGUGCUACGUACUGGGGAACCCCAAUGGAGAGAAGCUUUUCCAGAAUCUGAAGAACCUAAUGAGUCCGUACCGGCUGGAGUUUAAGUCUCCUCUGGAGCUCUCGGCACAAGGAAAGCAAUUGAUCGAAACCUAUUUUGAUUUCCGCUUAUACCGCCUAUGGAAGACCCGCCAACACUCCAAGCUGCUGGAUUACGAUGACAUUUUAUGAGACGACGACGACCACCGAUGUCAGGAGUACUUUUUUUCGUGUCGAUUUUCCAAGGGGCUUAUAAAGAGCCUACUGGUAUCUUCCGGUCCUGAGAGCGUAGAACCGGGGAUCGAAGACGUACGGUGAGGAGGCGGAGUCCACUGGCGAUUCCGCCAUAGUGGUUUACCUUGGGACGUAGUUGGCGCAAAGGCUGGAGAAGUCUGAGCCAGAAGAUAGAGUGUAGAGUAUAGAGAAGAAGAAGAAGAAGUCUUCAUACUGAGCGUUACCAAUUCAGGGCAAAAACAAUAAAAAAAAAACUCAACCAACGAAUCGCUGGGUCCUAAAGGUCCCACCUUGACUCAAGCUCAGGUUACGAAAAACAAUAUUAACAAUCCAUGCACUAUAGAUCAAAGGACCCCAAUUAGCCUUCUAAACCACAGUGAACUUAUUGUAGCAAAUCCAGGUGACUUUUUUUUUCUAUUUCGCGUGGAGGACGAAGGACAACGAGGACGCAAAGACUGAACGCUUGGGACGGGGCGUAGCCCGUUGUACAAGUAGUAACACUGGAGGUAUUAUACGGAGAUAUAUCUACAUAUCCUAUUAUGGGGGUAACAGGUAUUUUAUGUGGGGUAAUUUAGGAUUUAAGUGCAAUUUGUUUUUUUUUUUUAAAGAGCAACUAGCAUAUUUAAUUGUUGGAAGUGCACGGGGUCUUCAGCCAUCCCGCAGCACAGUGUGUGUGUCGUGUGGACUUUGCUGGGCACAGUAGUACAUCUUUUAUAGACAUUUAGAUAACCAGCAGAUAUGUGUUGUGUCCUUUCCACUUCACGGCUGAACGUGCGUGGUGUUACAGGAGGCUGUGCGAGUAGCGUCACACGCACCCUGACGGUUCCGUUACUUUAUAGGUGGCCAGGUUUGUCACUAGGAGCACACUUACUACCUUGUUGCAAUAUAUUGAUAUUAUCGUUAGUAGGCUUCAAUAGAAAUAGAUGUACAGUAUACAAAAUUGUAUUUAAUAUAUAUUUACUAUAGACUUUUGAAUAUAAUGAUGACCAGCCACAGCGGUGGCGUUUUCCUUCUCGUCUGAUUUUCGCUGUCCUCUCGUUGGGAGUUCAGGUCCAAUAGAGGUUUUUUGGCAGCAUCGUUGUAAGGGGGGAGCCUGUAGUCUGCAGUAUGAGGUGCCUGGCCUCGUACCUUGUACUCGGCCACACAGCUGCAAUAAAGGAUAUCCUGGGGCUGUCAAUCAUAUAAUAAUGCUCAUCUUUCUGGGCAGGUGAAAUAAGUUAUUAUCCUAUAGACUGCUGCCUUUUCUACGUCACGCUUUAUAUUGUCUCAUCACAAACUUCAAUCAUUUUGGUGUUUUGGACCCAGGUUUUUAGCUUGAUUUUGGGUCCGAAAUAAAUUUGUAAUCAUCAUUUCAUCUCAGAGUUCACGAGGCAUAUCCGUUUGUUGUAUGCUAAACGGCAAGUUACAUUAUGGACGUAGGGGGGUAUUCAAUUAAGUGCCGUGUUUUUUUCCACUGGUUGAAAAAAUGGCACUAAUUCCACACAGGGUAUUCAAUUGAUUUUUAAUCCGUUUUUACCCAUGCCCUUUAAAAAAAAAAUUUUUUUUGCAGUUGAAUCGGCAUGGGCAUAAAUGCCCGCGAAUUCAACAAAACACGUGUAUCAGCGGCGAAUUCGCCAAUACACGUGUUUUUUUGCCAGUGCCGGAUUUUUCGACCAGUUGAAAAAAACGUUACGGCCAUUGACUUGGUCGAAUGUAAAUUCGACCUUAAAACGGGUGAAAAGUGUCAUUUUUUUCGACUGGUCGCUAAAGCUGCACUAAUUGAAUACCCCCCAUAGUGUGUGUACAGAUGUCAGGAAUUAAAUCUACCUUUAUAAGCCCGAUUUUAGUAACUUGUACUAAUCUUACCGCAGAUCAUGUCUGAUUGACUCCUAUUUAUCACAUUAUUGCUAUGUUCUCCAUGUUAAUACAUAUAUUUUACUUAGUACCUUAAGCAGCAUGCAGAGCUAAUCUAAAAUCUAUAAAUAUAUGAUGCAAUACUGAGUUGCGAUGUCAGCAUACGGCUUGUAUGUGGUCACAGAACAUCCAGGUGACCUAUAUCAUUUACAGCAGGGAGUGCGUUAAGUCCAUAAUUAGCUAAUUCAUUAGUAAUUAUUGAAUUGCGUUACUUAUUACAUUAUGCGCUAAAGAGGAACUUUUGUUCACUACCCUGAAUUGAAAGUUAAUGAUGAACCUUAUAAAAAAAUUAGCUAAACCCAUUACAGCACCCAGUAUCUUGUCACCUCCAUUAGAGGGCGCUGUUAUAUACAUGGAAAUAAUAUAUUCAGCACUCCCGGUCACCACCACUGGGGGGAGCCAGAAUAUAAAUCUUGCAUUUAAUUAGAUUUGUACAUGCAAGGUUUAUAUUCUAUGGCGAGAUAAAAUUAUCCGUAGCUCCUUACAGCAAGAAUAACACAUUGUGAGGGAGCAGCAACGUCAAACAUAAUACAGUUAUAAAGUGGUCCCUGUACUGAAGAGCUGACAAUCUAAUUUAUUUCAUGUGCCAAUCUGGUUUCUGUAUUCUAAAGAAAAAAAGGGGGUUAAUCGGUUUCCUACCUUCCAGCCUCUCUCCUCUCACAGGGUGAUUGUAAUAGGUCUCUGCUUUUCCUGCUUAUUUUUGCGUGCAAUAACCCCCGGCUGAAUUUGCCUUUUACUCUUGUUAAUUCAUUCAGCUCCUAUAAUUAUAGGCAGGAAAAGCAGAGGAUAUAUUAUUAUGCUAUUGUGGCAGGAAAAUAUAUGUAUUAUGUGCCUGCCUGUAGAUACAUUUAAAAAUUGAAUAUUAACCGGGGUGUAUGUAUCCGUUCCCCAUUCUUAAAUAUUGGGGUUUGGCAAGGUACGUGGCACUAUUUAAGCUGCGUGUCUGCGAUGUAUUUGGGCGUAACAGUUGGUAAGAUGAUAGAUCAGAUGUGCAGAAAAUAUUGUACAUUUAUAUUUUGCAUAGGGUCGCCCCUCGGACUACUUACAGUGUAUAGAAGCGUUUCUGCAAUAUGGGACAUGUGUUAUAUAGGGAAGGGGCAGCUUACUCACUAAGAUGUCUCACCACGAUUCUGUGGCAUAGAUUCAUAAUCUCAGAGCCUUCCCUGACCAAUUUGGUGCCCUAGGCAAGAUUUUAGCUGGUGCAACCAACUCAUGUGUAUAUGCCGCAAAUUUAUAGCCGUGUGCCCGUUGGCGGUGACGUCACGUUUCCGGGAAAGGUCUCGUGGCCUGCUGACAUGGUGGAGAGACUCAGGGAAGAACCACCAGCAGACGUGACCUCUCCCAGCAACUCUGCCUUUGUUGCGAUAAUGCUGAAACAAUAACGUUCUUUAGCCCUGCUGCUGAGAGGACACGUCUGCUGGUGAUUCCUUCUCUGCUGGAUGACAUGGGGUGGGCUGCUGUACCUGCCCAAACUUCUAGACUAAUUGUGAUACACAAACGAACGGACCCAAUUAUAUGAAGCGAAAAGUUACAGUAUUCGCAGGAACUACAGAUUUUACCCUGAUGCUGAAAUUAAUGUGGGCAGAAAAUAUUUCCCAUAAUCUACAAGGGAUGAAGUGCAGGUUAAUCAAAAUAGUUGCUUCAAGCAAAGCCCGUUAUAUUAAUCCCCAAUGGAAGACGUUUCCAUAACAAGACACCAGGGAUCGUGUAAUACAAAUGUUAUUUGUCCAGAAACGCGUUUCAUACAUUGUGUUGCCGCUUUCAUAAGAGCUGGUUCUAAUUCCCUCAUGGUCUGACAACAUUCCAAUGCUGUGAUUGCUGGAUGACUGAACCGUGACUUACACGCAGACCUCAGUGAGCGGAAAAUGUAUAUAACAGGCCUCCCCUGCCCUAGAGAAAGGCUUACAAAUUGCAACUAAUAACAUAAAUCAACUCAACGCCUUUGCAAAACUAGUUUUCCUGACAAAGGUAGGACCCAGCACUGGAAGAAGUAAUACGUAUCUGCCCCCUACAUGACGCAUUGCACUGUAUGUGCUUUAGUUCUGGUAAAACGCUGUCAGAAUUUCCCGGGUGCACAUUGAUUUAGGGAUCAAUAAAUCACUACGGUGCCAUUAUUUCAUUUUGUAUACAUUUAACCUUACACAAGGUCAGUUGCAGCCUUUAUCUACUUGCAAUCCACGCGGUAUAAAUAUCCAGAGCUAUGUAAUAAGGAAAAGCAAUUCUUCUAUGCCCUGCACCGCCGAUUUUCAUAAAGAAUAUUGCAUGUAACUCUGGGGAGCUUUACUGCUAUUUUAUGGGCCAUUAUGCUGGGUAUUUGUCUGCGUUCUCUGUAGCCAUAAAGGUAGAGAGAUCUUAACCAUUAAAGAACUUUUCUUUCCUUCUGAAGGCGUCGCAAGACAUGAUUGACGUAGUAAUUGUACGUAGGAAUAGCGCAGUAUUCGUUGUCACAUCUUUAUAACAUCACUCAUUUGUUACCGCAUAUGUCCCUAUGGGUGGACGUAAGGGGUCAUUCCGAGUUGAUCGCUAGCUGAAAAUGUUCGCUGCGGUGCGAUUAAGGAAAAAAAUGGCACUACUGCGCAUGCGUAUGCAGCGCAGUGCGCACGCGCGACGUACUUUCACAACGGCCGAUGUAGUUUCACACAGGGUCUAGCGAAGCUUUUCAGUCGCACUGCUGGCCGCAGAGUGAUUGACAGGAAGGGGGCGUUUCUGGGUGUCAACUGACCGUUUUCAGGGAGUGUUCGAAUAAACGCAGGCGUGCCAGGGAAAACGCAGGCGUGGCUGGGCGAACGCAGGGCGUGCUUGUGACGUCAAAUCCAGAACUGAACAGUCUGAAGUCAUCGCAAGCGCUGAGUAGGUCUGAAGCUACUCAGAAACUGCACAAUUUUUUUUUGUAGCCGCUCUGCGAUCCUUUCGUUCGCACUUCUGCUAAGCUAAAAUACACUCCCAGAGGGAGGCGGCUUAGCGUUUGCACGGCUGCUAAAAACAGCUAGCGAGCGAACAACUCGGAAUGACCCCGUAAUCCCUAUUCACAUACGCAAGUCUGACACGGUUAAUGGGCAUUUUCAUGUGGGCAUAGUUUAACGCGGAUAUGUCGAGGUUGUGCGUCGACAGAAUUGGGGGCUGUGCAGUGUCCUGUGUAAGCGUGGGUGCACCUAGUUUCAGACGUAUCUCUUGCACCAGGGACUGAGUCAGGGCAAGUGCUCACUGAUAACGAUGACAGCUGUAUAGCCAAGCUCAGGGGCAGCCCAAAGGCAUAAAUCUGUACCGUUCCGCACAGGAGCCAAUAGCCGCACCGUCCUCUGCACGCAGCUUGCGUUCCCCUGUGCAUCAUCCCCAUUGUUCCUUGCCUACGAUUCAACGCCAUAAAGUACAAUACUAAAAUGUAGGAGACAAUAUUCAUUGUAAUAAAGUAUUUGCCUCCCAUGGGCACCAGUUAAUGUAAUGGGAAUGACUGUGUUGGGUGAAUCAUUGAAUGUACAGUAUAAGCAAAGAAAUGUAUACACAUUACUAGUGUACUGAGCGCUACCGGUUAUAUCAUGUAUAUAUACAUUGUAACAGAGUUUUAACAUAUUUAGGAAAUGAUGUUACACAAAAGAAGCAAACGGCUGUUGAGAGGGAUUUAAAUAAUAUUCUGGAAUAAGAAUGUUUCUAGAAAUAUAUAGUACUAGAUACAUUUCAAUCUCCAGGAAUUCUGUUGUACAGUAGUGAGGGAUAAUGUAUGGAAAUAUUAGUAAAUGAGCAAUUGUAUAGGAUCAUUUUAUAGAAUACAUCGAUUUGCAAACGUGUGCACUCGAUGCCAGUGCGGACUUGCGAUAUUCACAAUUAAUACUGGUCAGUGACCUAGAGGCGCAUGACUGUUAGGGGACAAACAUGAUGUUCAAGACUGCGCCAUAUAGAUAGGGGUUCCGGAUGAUAGGUCAGCAGUCAAUAGGUCACCCCCAUAUGAUUGAUGGGUACAAUAGGUCGACAGUGCUUAAGGUCGUUAGGUUGAAAAACAUAUAGUCGACAGAAGUUUUUUUUUUUUUUUUUUUUUUCAACCCUUUCGUCGUUUACCACGUGGACUACGAUCUGGAAUAGUAACCUUGUCUGAAGCAUGGUGAGCGAAUUGAGCCCGCAACAGUACACGUUUCCACUAAUCUGCCAUUCAUGGGAUUAAACAUACAAAAUGACACACACAAAAAAGUGUGUUGACUUUUUUGUGUCGACCAUUCUGAUAUUGGCUUUGUCAACAUUUUCAACCUGUUGCCCGUUUUCUAGUGUCUGACGUUUUUCAUGUCGCCCUAUUGACCCUGCGUGUUGACCAUAUGGGCUUGACCUAUUGACUGUUGACCUAUUUCUGGCCGACCCCGUUGAUCCAUGGAUACAACAUACAAGAACAGGUCUAAUAUCAAAACUAAAUGUUAUUUAACAAUAUGCAAAUUAAUGUGCCCCAAAAUCUUGUGUGAGGUUUAGUUUGCAGGUCUCGGAGAGGAGAAAAUGGCUACGUCCUUUUUUAUUAUUCUUUUCAUCAUUUCUUGGGAAGAGAUGUAUCAAACCUUGGAGAGAGAUAAAGUGGAUCAGUUGCCCAUAGCAACUAAUCAGCUUCAAGCGAUCAUUUAUGUAGUACAGCCUAUAAAAUAACAUUUAAAGGCUGAUUGGACUUCGCGUUAUCUCUCUCCAAGAUUCGGUACGCCUCCCCAUAUUGCCAGCUAAAUCCGUAUUAUGGGAACGCAGCCUGUUGAUUCGCCAGGAAACAGUGACGUGACUAUAAAACAUGUCUGCAUCCAUUAUUUGACAGUUACACUUUAAACGGGCGAAUAGUUUAGGGAAAUCCCAUUGUAAAAUAAAUACAGCAAUCGUUUUUUUCAGUAUGAAGCAUAGGCCCAGAUUUAAAGCACCAGCCAAUCAGCUCCUAGCUGUCUUUUUUCAAACACAGCCUGUAACAUGGCGGCCAGGAGCUGAUUGGCUGGUACUUUAUCACCCUGCAAAUUAUCACUCUCCAAGGCUUGAUAAAUCUGGGUCAUAAUCAGAAACGGUAGCGAAAAUGUCAUUUUUAAUAAAAUCCAUCGUUAGGAAUACUCGUCAGAAAAACUAGUCAUUGGCUUGCAAUGUAAUAAUUAUAUAUAAAACCUAAAAACCCUACAGAAAACAAAUAGGCAACUGUGCGCAGUUUUGUUUGCAGGGAAGCGCGGACGUGCAUUUAGCACGAACACCAAGGCUGCAGAGUCGCAAAGCAAUGUUGGGAACACAAGCACAAUUGUUUUGCAUGAACAAUAUAAUGAUACAAAGUUGAAUCUGUGAAACGGUGCGACUGUGUUGUGGGAUAUUGGGAGCUUCCGCAAAGUGGCGAUUUCAGCCGACAGUUUUAAGAACUUGGCCACUCUCCGCUUUGAACUCAGAUGAUACAAAACAAGAUCAUGUUUGCAACUCACUGUUGUGUCUGACCAAAGUUUAUUAUUCCAUAAACGCAUUCUGCGAUGACGCAAAGUUGCAUACGCUUUCAGCACAGCGACACAGAAUCAGUGCCUUUUUUCUAUACUUUCAAUGACUUUAUCAAUGCUACCUGUUUCAUUUUAGCACUAAUCGAAAUUAAAAUAUAAUCAGGAGUGCUACAAUACUUAGCCCUGCAUUUCUCUCCAUUACCACUAGAAGGCGCUCUUAGUACAGAGAACUCUGGUUACUACAACAGUGAUUAAUGGCCCUCAUUCCGAGUUGUUCGCUCGCUAGCUGCUUUUAGCAGCAUUGCACACGCUAAGCCGCCGCCCUCUGGGAGUGAAUCUUAGCUUUGCAAAAUUGCGAACGAAAGAUUAGCAAAAUUGCGAAUACAAAUUUCUAAACAGUUUCUGAGUAGCUCGACACUUACUCUGCCACUGCGAUCAGUUCAGUCAGUUUCGUUCCUGGUUUGACGUCACAAACACACCCAGCGUUCGGCCAGACACUCCCCCGUUUCUCCAGCCACUCCUGCGUUUUUCCCAGAAACGGUAGCGUUUUUUCACACACACCCAUAAAACGGCCAGUUUCCGCCCAGAAACACCCACUUCCUGUCAAUCACAUUACGAUCACCAGAACGAAGAAAAAACCUCGUAAUGCCGUGAGUAAAAUACCUAACUUUUGAGUAAAAUAACUAAGCGCAUGCGCUCUGCGAACAUUGCGCAUGCGCAGUAAGCGACUAAUCGCAAUAUAGAGAAAAUCGGCAACGAGCGAACAACUCGGAAUGAGGGCCAAUGUUGUUUUAGUUGCUAUAAUGCUCCGUUCUUUAAUUAUAGUGUCUAGAAACUCGGCAACACACUGUAAUUUCAAUAGAGACUAUAGGCCUAAUUCAUAUCUGUAAGUAAAGCAAAAAAGCAAGUAACUUUGUGUCUGGUAAAAAAAAAAACAUGUUGCCAUACAAGGGGAGGAAAUACAUGGAUAUUGGGGGUCAUUCCGAGUUGAUCGCUCGCUAGCAGUUUUUAGCAGCUGUGCAAACGCCUUGUCGCCACCCACCGGGGAGUGUAUUUUCGCUUUGCGGAAGUGCGAACGCGUGUGCAGCAGAGCGUCUGCAAAAUCUUUUUGUGCAAAACAAGACCAGCCCUGUAGUUACUCUUCGUGUGCAUUGAUUCUAACGACGGAGGGACGGCUUUUGACGUCACACACCCACCCAGCGAACGCCCAGCCACGCCUACGUUUUUUCAGCCACGCCUGCGUUUUGCCAAAAACUCCCUGAAAACGGUCAGUUGCCACCCAGAAACGCACACUUCAUGUCAAUCUUCCUGCGUUUGGCCGUGCGACAGGAAUCUUCGUUACACUCUGUGCAAACCCACGAUGCUCAUUGUACCUGUACGACGCGCCUGCGCAUUGCGGUGCAUGCGAACAACAGCAGCUAGCGAUCAACUCAGAAUGACCCCCAUUGUUUCUGUGCAGGGUAAAUACUGGCUGCUUUUCCAUGUAGCCUACAAAUGUGAGACAGCUACACUGCAAUUUAGAUUUCAGGUUGAACACACCCCACCCAAAUUUCUCUGCACAUGUUACAUCUGCCCCACCUGCAGUGAUACAUGGUUUUGCACGGGUUUUUGCUUUACUUACAAACAGGAAUCAGGCCCUAUGUACAUUGGGGAUCUGAUGGGGGUUUGAUUAUAGUGGUGAGGUUUGAUUGAUUGCUUUAUCCACACCUGUCAUGGACGAAUGCAUCAAUUUCUGAUCUUUUGUAAUUGGCUUAUAGAAAAAAAUGACCUAUCGAUAAAAAAUGCCAAGGAGAGUUACUGAUUUGUUAAUGGUGAGCGUUUAAUCCUAUUUUUUUUUCUUGUGUCAAUAAUACUAUUAGGUAUAUACUGUUCACUGGCACAUUAUGGAUGAUGGACUAGCGACAAGUCUUGGUAUAAUCACCCACAUUAUACUGCGCCACCUGCCGCCACAGAGCAUAUACAGUACGUGAUAGCUGUGCUUACUUCUGAUAUACAUAGCAUAAUCCUGUAUGAUCACACUUCUGUAGGUCUAUAAUGAGACGAGCUCCGAUUUUCUGUAGAAUGUGACAAGCCUUUUAAAAUUUGUAUUUUUUAACCUUUCCAAAGUGCAAAAUAGCCAUGUGGUUUUAUUGACGGCAGUGCGGUGAUGUGUAAUUCCCACUGUCAUUUCUUAAUAAAAAAAAAUACAUCA